UCCAUCCAUCCAUCCAUGUAUCCAUCCAUCCAUCCAUGUAUCCAUCCAUCCAUCCAUGUAUCCAUCCAUCCAUCCAUCCAUCCAUCCAUCCAUGUAUCCAUCCAUCCCUCCAUCCAUCCAUGCAUGCACCCACCUUCCAUCUCUCUCUCCCUCCACCAGCUCCAGGGCCUGGUGUCAGAGCUGAAGGUGGGCUUCUCCAGUGCUCUGUAUGAGCUGAGUCAGAUCCAGCAUGGAGACAGUGAUAUCAGGGAUGAGGUGGGAGAAGCCCGGAGGAGCUGUGAGAGAAAGGCCCUGCGCAUGGAGACCCUGGUUGAAUCUCUCAGGGAUGAACUGGGAGAGAUGCGUUGCCAGAUCCUGCAACUCUGUGGUAGCAACAGGCAGAGGUCUCCUAUACAGCAGGAGGUAAAGGUGACACAAUCAGCUCUGGCAACCCAGAGAGACAGUGAUACAGGUCUUGUGGUGAAUGGGAGGAGCCACUGUGAGUGCAGUGCCAGCAGCACAUCCUCCUCUUCGAACCGGGGCAGAGUCCUGCUCCACUGCUACCUACAGGGGCUCAAGGCAGGGAUGUAUGAGGGGACAGAUGCAAGGCACCAAGUGACGAUGCAGCUUCUCCACUCAGAAUGGGAAUACGUGUCGACCUUAAACCAGCUCUACGACAAGUACAGAACACCUCCUGCUCUGCAGAUGGACCUGGAGCCAUAUCAGAAUUACCUGAAGUUUGUAGAGGAGUUGCUGCAGCGCCACCUUCUGUUCAGAAACACUCUGGAGCAGAGGUUGUCUGCUCACGACUGGAAAGGCCUUGUGGGAGACAUCUUUGUCCAACUCGUAGGCCACAAUGAUUCAUCCUUCUUGGACAUAUACCACGGAUACACGACAGCGCUGGCCACGUUUCUUUCUAUAGAAUUCAACAGAAUAAUGCUCAAUGGGACAAUACAAAGCACACAGAGCUAUACGAAGGAAAGAGAGGAAGUUCAACUGUUCUCUCUGCUGUUGGCGCCAGUCUCUCGAAUCCACAGCUACCUAACCCUCAUUCAGAGUCUGUUGCAGUGGACUGACAGCGAUCACCCAGACUGCAGUCUCCUCCAGGGGUCAGAGAGGGUCCUGAGGAACAUCCUUUCCCGCUGUCACCUCAUCCUGGAGGACGAUGUUCGAUGGGGAGACGGAGGAAGAAUGGCCGGGCCCAGUGGCAGCUGCUCUGCCUGCCCCUGUGCCAAGUCGUGCGAUCACAGAAGCCAGCUCUGCCCUGCCACGGACACACAGAAACACAGACAGGAGUCCCGUGAUGCUGCUGGGAAACGAGAGGAACAACAGCCACGUCUAUCGAACUGUGCCGCCGGCUGCCAGGGCAUGCCUGUUGCCCGUUGGUCUACCGGUACUGUACGGAAGAAGAACUGUUACAGAGACAGGACAGGGGGGACCUUCCAGUCUCAUCUCCAUGACUCCUGCGGCCUGGCCGGACUGGUCUACGGUGGGGACAUCAGCGCCUUCCUCCAUACGGCACCGCCUGGGUGGGGGGACAGCGACUCUGGACAGGAGUCUCCUAGCCAGGCUACGGGGGUUAAGGUACACGGACACGGCCCCCAGACCCCUGGUCCUCACAUGGUCCAGAGAAGCACUGAUGACUGUGACACGGAGGAGGACGUUGGGGACACCUCCGUGUUCGACUACUCCUCCGUCACCACCUGUAGCCCAGACGGGACCCUGAGGAGGGAGGGGGAAACGAGUAAUACCGAGGAGGAGGACGAGGAAGAGGACACAGACAGUCAGGUGCCUGUUCUGUUGAAGCCCUCGUACACACAGCAGCAGCAGUCGCUGAGGGAUUCGCCCAGAGAACGGACGGUUUGUCUGAGGUGGCAGAUACCCAGGCUGCCGUACCCUUCUUCUCGAAGUCCACGACACCAGGCAGGACCAGCGGGCCUGGAGGGACAGGGUCAGACAUCAGGGCCAGCAGGACCCUAUGGGAACAGAGUCAUCAACGUCACUAAGGGACCACCUCCUCUCAUCCCCACCUGUGUCUUCAGACCCAUCUGGGAUGAACCACCAAAACAGGAAGAUGCAGCACCCGUAAAGGAAAAUACACCACAAGGCUUCAGACCGGUUCAAGCCACUGAGAGGCAGACAUUUCCUAACUUCAAAAAGCUAAGGUUCGAAACCCAGCCGAGAGUUGGCCACGUCCAGGCAGGAGCCAUGGGGGGUGUUGCGGUGUGGGAUGAGAGUGAGGAGGACAGUGAGGGGCCCUGCAGCACCGUAUGAGAGAGGGAGACUGUCUGUGAGACCAACUUAGAAGUUUGCAGCACUAUUUGAGAGAUCAACCGACGAAGACUACAGCCCUGUGUGAGAGAGGGAUUCAUCUAAGAGACCAGCCCAACAGUCUGCAGCGCCGUGUGAGAUAUAGACCAUCUGAAAGACUGUCUGACAGACUAACCCAGAGGUCUGCAGCACUGUGGGACACGAAACGAGCAAUCAGAACAGCAACCAAAUCUCUUGCAUGCUGGCUACUUGAUUAGUAUUUAUGGUCUGUCACGAGACCAACCCAGAGGACUAACAGCACUGUGUGAGAGAGACCAUCAUUUGAGAGACCAACCCAUGAGGUCUGCAGUACUGCGUGAGAGAGAGAGACUUUGUACUGCGUGUGUGAGAGAGAAAGAGAGAAAAAUAGAGACUGUACUGUGUGAGCAGGAGACUUUGUACUGCGUGUGUGAGAGAUAAUUGUACUGUGUGUGUGUGAGAGAGAGAGAUAAUCCUGAUCACAGACGGUCUAAGGUCUGCAACAAAAAAACAAUAACAAUGGUGGUGGGGUGGCCAGUGACGUCGUUUCCCCCCAACUGCAGGGUCCAUCUUCACUGCAGCAUCAUCUGAAAGAUUGACCAGCCUGCAUGACUUAGCAUUACACACUAGACAUCCCUGUAACAGCACAGUGCCCCUAAAAGAGAAUAAAGUGGAUACGAAACAUCCUGAAACAAGAAGAACACUUGAAAAUCAGAAGCGAUUUGGACUCAUUCCAGAUCAGUCGCUCUGACCAACACAGAGGUCCUGAAAAGACAUUCAGGAGAAAUGAGAAGACAUCUGUGUCCCAAAUGGCACCCAAUUCUCUGUUUACAGGAAACUGUAAUUUACAGGAAAUUCUCUGUUUACAGGAAACUGUAAUUUACAGGAAAUUGUAAUAACACAUUCUAACGUCAUAUUUUAUCACAUAGUUGAAUAAAGUUCAGCGUUUUGGAGGAUUUUUAUGAA